CCGGAAACGCGCUUGAUCGCAGUUGGUCUUCACCUUGCUAAGCGAAAGUGACAGUCGCUGGUUCAUGAGGAGAGAGGAGAAGUUACACACCGCCAAACCUUCGCCUUCUCCUCGCCUUCGCCAUGGAGGCUCGGGUGGGCUUCUCCCGCGAGGAAAUCAACAGCACGGUGUGGGAGGUUCCGGAGAAGUACACUCGGCUCAAGCAGAUCGGAACCGGGGCGUACGGCUGCGUGUGCUCAUCAAUAAACCAGAAGUCUCAGGAGAAAGUGGCCAUCAAGAAGCUCCACAGGCCUUUCCAGUCGGAGAUCUUCGCUAAGAGGGCCUACCGGGAACUGCGCCUGCUCAAACACAUGAAGCACGAGAACGUGAUCGGAAUUCUUGACGUGUUUACGUCUGUUUCCUGCAUCGACGACUUCCAGGACUUCUACCUGGUGAUGCCGUACAUGUUCACGGACCUGUCCAAGGUGCGGGGGCACCUCUCCGAGGACAAAGUUCAGUUUCUGGUCUACCAGAUGCUGUGCGGACUCAGGUACAUCCACAAGGCUGGAAUCAUCCACAGGGACCUCAAACCAGGAAACUUGGCAGUAAACCAAGACUGUGAGCUGAAGAUCCUGGACUUUGGGCUUGCUCGCAGUACUGAUGCUGAGAUGACCGGCUAUGUGGUGACCCGUUGGUACAGGGCGCCCGAGGUCAUUCUGAACUGGAUGCACUACACACAGACUGUGGACAUCUGGUCUGUGGGCUGCAUCAUGGCUGAGAUGAUCAACGGGAAAACCCUUUUCAAAGGCAAAGAUUACAUGGAUCAGCUGACACAGAUCAUGAAAGUGACGGGAGUACCUGGACCAGAGUUCAUCCAGAAACUGGACAGCCAGGAGGCCAAGAAUUAUGUGAAGGCGCUCCCCAAGUACCCUAGGAAAGACUUCUCCACACUGUUCCCCCGGGCCAGUGCCAAAUGCGUGGACCUGCUGGAGAAGAUGCUGGUCCUGGACGGGGACGAGAGGCCCACAGCCGAACUGGCGCUGGAGCAUCCAUACUUUGACGGCCUCCGAGACCUCGACGACCUCCCUGAGCCCGAGCCCUACGACGACAGCCACGACAACGCCACGCUGGCCCUGGAGGAAUGGAAGCGGUUGUGUUUCCGAGAGGUGAAGAGCUUUGUGCCCUUCCCCCGCAGAGACUCCAAGAGGAAAAACACGCUGACUAUGACUCCAUGACUUAUGAUUGAAUGUCAUGUAAAUAUGAAUAUGUAUGUAUGAAUUCAUAUAUAUAUAUAUAUAUAUAUAUAUAUAUAUAUAUAUAUAUAUAUAUAUAUAUAUAUAUAUAUAUAUAUAUAUAUAUAUAUAUAUAUAUAUAUAUAUAUAUGCAAUGUAUGCUUCUGUUCCGAUUUGACUCUUGCACUGGUAUUAUGUUUACAUUAGAAACAGUUUUGACACACUUCUUUCAAGUGGAGGUGUAAAACUUGGUUUCUCCUUACAUUGCUCUGCAAAUUCAACAAAAGUGUGCUAGUACACAGUCCCAGAUACAGUAGUAGUGUAGUAUUAUAAGUACCCCAAUGUCAGAUGGGUUAUAUUACAGUUUUUGUAUUAUUUGUAUCAUUUACAUUUCCACUUUAUUUUAAGACAAACAUGUAUAUAAUCCCCUAAUUUUACUAGUUUUAUGUGAAAUUAUAUUAAAGGUAGUUUUGUUUUUUUGGCCAAAAUGUAAUAUUGAGUCCAUACAUUUAUUUAAAACAAAUAAAGAGAUUAGAUUGUGACUUAAUUUACUAACCUGGUGAUUAAUUAACUAAUGUAAAAAAAAAUCUGAUAAAACUGCAGUCAUUGAUUUAAUGUUUGAAUGUAUGUUAAUAUGAAGUCCAUAUUAAUAUAUAUAUAUAUAUAUAUAUAUAUAUAUAUAUAUAUAUAUUAUAUUGUUACCCACAUACGAAAAACGAGCAGGCACCUGCUGCAUAUGCCACAACAGAAGAAAAAAAAAAAAGAGAUGGACACUUUUACGGAGCGGAGAAGGGACGCCUCGCCGGGGUCCGGGUCCGAGAGGGCCCCACCGGGAGCCAUAGCUGAGGCGAUCCGCGAGAAGGGCCCGACGCACGUCCAGGGUCACCACCGCGCCCACUGCACCGACACCCCGCCUCGUCCGCCUUCGCCGCGGCCGGCGUCACGCGCAGCAGGUAAGCAGCUUACCUGCCCGCCACCCCCGUGGCCGGGGGCUCGUAACAGGGGUCACUCCGCGCGCGCAGCUUACCUGCCCGCCACCCCUGUUGCCGGGGGCGCGUAACAGGGGUCACUCCGCGCGCAGUGCGCUCAUGAAAGGGGUGGGGCUCACCCUGGUUGAUAUAGACAGCAGGACGGUGGCCAUGGAAGUUGGAACCCGCUAAGGAGUGUGUAACAACCCACCUGCCGAAUCAACUAGCCCUGAAAAUGGAUGGCGCUGGAGCGUCGGGCCCACACCCGGCCGUCGCCGGCAGCGAGACGCGCUUGGAGGUGCGCUCAGCGCGGCUCCCAUAUGAUUGCGCACUGGUGUGCGUCUGGGUCGUGACAGCGUGGCACGCGAAUGUCUGUACUGCAUUGGAUCAGUCUCCUUUCUUUAACAGGCAAAAGCUUUAUAACCUCACUAAUGCCUUGCAUCGUCUAUAUUAGAUAUAUAACAACGGGCGGGUGCGGUUCUGAUCAAAUGUUAGAUCGGGUGGAUGGCGGAUGGUUGACGACUUUCUGAUGCGGUUGCGGAUGAAAUAAUUGCCUAUCCGCGCAUCUCUAGUGGGUAUAUAUAUAUAUAUAUAUUAGAGAUGCGCGGUUUGCGGACACAACCGCGGAUUAUCCGCGGAUCGGGCGGUUGAAAUUAAAAAAAAUUAGAUUUGAUCCGCGGGUCGGGUCGGGCGGUUGAAAUAAAAAAAAAUUAGAUUUUAAAUAGAUUCAGGCGGGUGGCAGUUAAACCAAUUCGGAAAUAUAUAUACAUAGUUAAAUGUUGUUACCCACAUACGAAAAACGAGCAGGCACCCUGCAGCAUAUGCCACAACAGAAGAAGAAAAAAAAAAGAGAUGGACACUUUUACGGAGCGGAUAAGGGACGCCUCGCCGGGGUCCGGGACCGAGGCCCCUUCCCCCGAGAGGGCCCCACCGGGAGCCGUAGCUGAGGUGAUCCGCGAGAAGGGCCCGACGCACGUCCAGGGUCACCACCGCGCCCACCACACGACACCCCGCCUCGUCUGCCUUCGCCGCGGCCGGCGUCACGCGCAGCAGGUAAGCAGCUUACCUGCCCGCCACCCCCGUGGCCGGGGGCUCGUAACAGGGGUCACUCCGCGCGCUCCGCCCGCGCAGCUUACCUGCCCGCCACCCCCGUUGCCGGGGGCGCGUAACAGGGGUCACUCCGCGCGCAGUGCGCUCACGAAAGGGGUGGGGCAAGCAGAACUGGCGCUGCGGGAUGAACCGAACGCCGGGUUAAGGCGCCCGAUGCCGACGCUCAUCAGACCCCAGAAAAGGUGUUGGUUGAUAUAGACAGCAGGACGGUGGCCAUGGAAGUCGGAACCCGCUAAGGAGUGUGUAACAACCCACCUGCCGAAUCAACUAGCCCUGAAAAUGGAUGGCGCUGGAGCGUCGGGCCCAUACCCGGCCGUCGCCGGCAGCAAGAGCCGCUAGGGCUAGGCCGCGACGGGGAGGAUGGGCGCCGCGGUGCGCGCUGAAGCCUCGGGCGCGAGCCCGGGUGCGAGUGACAUCGCACCUCCACGCGCUUGGAGGUGCGCUCAGCGCGGCUCCCAGAUGAUUGCUGCAUUGGAUCAGUCGCCUUUCUUUAACUGGCAAAAGCUUUAUAACCUCACUAAUGCCUUGCAUCGUCUAUAUUAGAUAUAUAACAACGGGCGGGUGCGGUGUUGAUUAAAUGUUAAUUCGGGUGGAUGCGGAUGGUUGACGACUUUUGUCAUGCGGUUGCGGAUGAAAUAAUUUAUACAUUAUAUGCAUGUCUGUAUAUGUAUGUAUAUAUAAAUGUGUAUAUUGUGGGGGCGGUAUGGCGUAGUGGGUAGAGCAACCGUGCCAGAAACCUGAGGGUUGCAGGUUCGCUCCCCGCCUCUUACCAUCCAAAAAAUCGCUGCCGUUGUGUCCUUGGGCGGGACACUUCACCCUUUGCCCCCGGUGCCACUCACACCGGUGAAUUGAAUGAUGAAUGAUAGGUGGUGGUCGGAGGGGCCGUUGGCGCAAAUUGCAGCCACGCUUCCGUCAGUCUACCCCAGGGCAGCUGUGGCUAUGAAAGUAGCUUACCACCACCAGGUGUGAAUGAUUGAUGGGUUCUACAUGUAAAGCGACUUUGGGUACUUAGAAAAGCGCUAUAUAAAUCCCAGUUAUUAUUAUUAUUAUUAUAUGUAUGUAUGUAUAUAUGUAUAGAUAUAUUAAAUAUAUAAUUAUAUAAUAUAUAUUUUAUAUAUAUAUAUAUAUAUAUAUAAUGUGUAUAUAUAUAUAUAUAUUAUAUAUGUUUAUAUAUUUAUAUAUAUAAAAUAAUUGUAUAAUUGAUAAUUAAUUACAUUAAUUUAAUUUCUAAAUUUUAAUUAAUAAACUGGCAAAAAAAAUGUUUGUGUAAUUCCAAAAAUAAUCUGAAAAAUUCCAUUUGUGCAUUUAUUAAAUCAGUCGGAAAUUAAUAAAUACAUUUGGUACAAAUGUUGGGCUUCUCUGCUUAGGCGGCUUCAACCCCCCCCCCCCCCCACCCCCGCUACUCAAUCUUGGAUAAGGAUAAGGAACGAGGGAAUAGAAAUGUUUCGGAUCAUAUUUUGGUUAUUGGACAAUUUACUAGAUUAAUUUACAUUUUAAUUAGUUAUUUAAUCAACAUUAUUUAUGUUUGGCAACAAAAAACAGCUGCUGAAUAUGAUAUACAUGUAAAUAUGAAUAUAAAUCAAUAUUACUGAAGCGCAAAUGUCUUAUUAUUGCUUUGUGUUGUUCUAUUUAGCAAGUUGAUUAUUAGUUAUUAAACGUGUGCAGAGGUGGGUAGUAACGCGCUACAUUUACUCCGUUGCAUCUACUUGAGUAACUUUUGGGAUAAAUUGUACUUCUAAGAGUAGUUUUAAUGCAACAUACUUUUACUUUUACUUGAGUAUAUUUAUAGAGAAGAAACGUAUAUAUGUAUAUGUACAGUAUAUGUAUAUAUAUAUGUAUAUAUGUAUAUAUGUAUAUAUAUAUAUAUAUAUAUAUAUAUUAUAUAUAUAUGAUAUGUGUGUGUAUGUUACUCAUCAGUUACUCAGUACUUGAGUAGUUUUUUCACAACAUACUUUUUACUUUUACUCAAGUAAAUAUUUGGGUGACUACUCCUUACUUUUACUUGAGUAAUAAAUCUCUAAAGUAACAGUACUCUUACUUGAGUACAAUUUCUGGCUACUCUACCCACCUCUGAACGUGUGUGUCACUCUUCCAAAUGCUGCCAUUUUUAAACGUAAUUAUCUGCCUUUGUUCGAAGUGCUUUUUUUUCCCCCUGCCAAAAUGUCAUCUUUUGUCCAAAAAUAAAUAAUACAAUUGGGAGGAAAAUGACUCUAUUGUAAAUAAAUCUAUUCAAUUGCAACUGUCAAAAACUGUAAUAUGAAAGCCUUGAUAUAUUUCAUUAUGUAAUAUGUUGAUUUCUAUGGCAAUAGAUAGAAACAGUGAUUAAACAUGUUCAAUUAUAUUUGAAUUACUGGAUAUUAUCCUUAUUUAAUUUUGGCACAAAAACGCUCCAUAAACUGGCUUUAUGUUAUACUUUUGCUCCCAGUUCACUCAUUGGGUGGUCUUAAUUUGUCAUUGGAAUGCUUUGUGUCAACUUUAAAACACACAAUUGUAAUACUGAAUGCUUUGUGUCAACUUUAAAACACACAAUUGUAUUAAUGAAUGGUUUGUGUCAACUUUAAAACACACAAUUGUAUUAAUGAAUGCUUUGUGUCAACUUUAAAACACAAUUGUAUUAAUGAAUGCUUUGUGUCAACUUUAAAACACACAAUUGUAUUAAUGAAUGCUUUGUGUCAACUUUAAAACACACUUGUAUUACUGAAUGCUUUGUGACAACUUUAGAAUACACAAUUGUAUUACUGAAUGCUUUGUGUCAACUUUAAAACACACAAUUGUAUUACUGAAUGCUUUGUGUCAACUUUAAAACACACAAUUGUAUUACUGAAUGCUUUGUGUCAACUUUAAAACACACAAUUGUAUUGAUGAAUGCUUGUGUCAACUUUAAAAUACACAAUUGUAUUACUGAAUGCUUUGUGUCAACUUUAAAACACACAAUUGUAUUACUGAAUGCUUUGUGUCAACUUUAAAAUACACGAUUGUA